CACACCACCACCACCUCCCCUCAAAGUACUCGAUGUAUAGUUAAAAAAUGGGAGGGCACACUUGAACCGAGCUGCUCUAUGAAGGUAGGCUGCAGCGUGUGUUUAUUGAUGAGAUGAAAAGAAGAUGGAAGUGAGAAAUGAAACAAAGUAAAGGAACAUAUUAAAAAAAAACAACCCAAAAAAAAACCCCGCCUGCACGCGCGCUUCGUCGGGGGAAAACAAGGAGAGCCGUGGAAACGCUGUCGCCACUUUUUUUGGGGGGGGAACGUGCUUCGAAGUGCAGAGCAACACAGGAUUGAGAAAGGAGAGGACUGACAGCCUUGCCUAGCACCCGGCCUCUGAUCAGCCAUCUCCACCAGCAAACUGAAGCUUGACCCGCUCUUCAUCACCAGCCGCACAAGCAUCUUCGUAACAAAACGUCAUCUGACUGUGACAUCAGUUGCAAGGGGAUGACCGAGCGCAUUCAUAACAUCAAUCUCCACAACUUCAGCAAUUCUGUACUUGAGACCCUCAAUGAGCAACGCAACCGUGGGCACUUCUGUGACGUGACUGUUCGGAUCCAUGGAAGUAUGCUGCGAGCUCACCGGUGCGUGCUGGCCGCUGGAAGCCCCUUCUUUCAGGACAAGCUGCUCUUGGGCUACAGUGACAUUGAGAUCCCUUCUGUGGUCUCGGUGCAAUCCAUCCAAAAGCUGAUUGACUUUAUGUACAGUGGGAUUCUGCGGGUAUCUCAAUCAGAGGCCCUGCAGAUCCUUACUGCUGCCAGCAUCCUACAGAUCAAGACCGUCAUCGAUGAGUGUACCCGCAUUGUGUCCCAGAAUGUGGGCCUCGCCGGGCCAGGGGGGUUUCCUGUCAUGCCAGGAGACUCUGGUCAGGAUACACCCCGAGGCACGCCAGAGUCUGGCACCUCUGGGCCCAGCAGUGACGCAGAGUCAGGUUAUAUGCAAGUAACAUCACAGCAAAGCAUGGAUCGUACAUACACAUCACUGUACACCUACCCUAGCCUGUCUCUGCAGAACGGCACCCGCGAGCGCCCCCUUUACAUUAACCCGUCAAACUACGAUUCAACUCUCAGCAAUCAGAAGGACCAGCAGUCUCAAGAUCCGCCCUGGAUGAACCGCAUCCAGGAGAGGUCGCAGCAGGUCGAUCGCUUCAUCUCCACAGAGUCCACUCACUGCCGCAAGCAACCCCGACCGGUACGCAUACAAACAGGAGGGAUGCACAUAAAGCAGGAGGCCGAAGACGAGUACAGCUGCUAUGAUAAUUUCGGGGAUUGCCAAGACGACACUGACCACACAGAGGGUGUAGAGAGUGAAUCCAAGGUUGAAAGUUUUGACUCAGGGGUGAGCUCCUCCAUCAGUACUGAGCCAGAUGCUAUGGAGCAGCAGCCGUACCUGAAGGGCUUUAGCCGAGAUGGGAGCGGGGACGGGCAUCAUGCUGAAGGAGCUCCAGUACAGAUAGAGGUCAAUGACUCGUCCCCAGAGCAAGUGCAUGAGACGGAGGACGGGGACACAUCCCACAGCACUAGUGACAGUAGCAUGAUGCAGCCCCUGCCAAACUCAGUCAUGUCCCUGCCGAGUGCCCCGCACUACAUGCGCCAGGCAGAAUCACACACCAGCAAUCUGAGGAUGCCGCUCACCGUGACCAGCAAUUCCCAAGUGAUGGGCACCGCUGGAAGCACCUUCCUGCCCACACUCUUUCCUACACAGCCGGCGAGAGACAACAAGCCUUUCCUUUACCUUCCUGGCCAGCAGCCACAGUUUGUGGCAGUGCCGCCCCCUGCAAUGCCAUCAUUCCCAAACCCCAUGUCGGUACAGCAAGCGCCAGCUCAACAGCAACAGGCUCCAGGAGGAAUUGGUCCGGGGGAAAAGAAGCCCUAUGAAUGCACUCUCUGCAGUAAAACCUUUACUGCAAAACAGAACUACGUCAAACACAUGUUUGUCCAUACUGGUGAGAAGCCUCAUCAGUGCAGCAUCUGCUGGCGCUCAUUCUCCCUGAAGGAUUACUUAAUCAAACACAUGGUGACACACACGGGGGUGCGGGCCUACCAGUGCAGCAUCUGCAACAAGCGCUUCACCCAGAAGAGCUCUCUCAAUGUCCACAUGCGGCUGCACCGGGGGGAGAAAUCCUACGAGUGCUACAUCUGCAAGAAGAAGUUCUCACACAAGACCCUGCUGGAGAGGCACAUGGCCCUGCACAGCACAGGCAGCGCCAUCACAGGGCUGUCGGGGAGCGCACCGACCCCGGGCCCCGUCUCCAUCCCCAUCCCCAUGCCGAUGGCUGUCCCUGAGCCUGGACCUGGAGUGGUGGCCCUCGCCAUGCCGGUGAGUGGAGGUGCUGGAGUAGGGGCUGGGGUUGGAACAGGAGUGGGUGUAGCUGCAGAAGCGAGCUGCCAAGAAGGGACCACCUACGUGUGCUCCGUCUGCCCUGCCAAGUUCGACCAAAUGGAGCACUUCAAUGACCACAUGCGAAUGCAUGUCUCCGAUGGAUAAGUACAAAUAAAUAAACUUCUUUCAAAAAGAAUGACAAAUAAAAUGGCACUAGAUUUUCCUUUUCUUAUUUUGAGGUAUGAAGAGUAAUGAGUAUAGACACUGGCACAUUAAGUUUCCCAAAAAAAAAAAAAAGAUUUUUUUUUUUUUCUGUUAUUCUAAAAGAAAAAAAAAGAUGGUGGCCUUAAGGCUUAGUAGUUUGAUAUUGAUCUACUGGAUGGAUCCUAACUACAGGCCUCUAAAUGUAUGCUUUCCUAAAAUAUUGAUUUAUGUGUUGAACACUACCGAAAGGCCUACGAAAGAAACACAUACACACAAACACACCUUUAGUGUAGAUAUGUCUGUGUGAAUAAACACGUGCAUUUAUGUUUGUGUAUUUGCAUGUGUGUGUCUGUGUGUGUGUGUGUGUGUGUGUGUGUGUGUGUGUGUGUGUGUGUGUGUGUGUGUGUGUGUGUGUGUGUGUGUGUGUGUGUGUGUGUGUGUGUGUGUACAUUGCCGUGAAAACAUCAUGGCGGUUGUGAACCCAUACUGACCAGUUUGGAAACUAAAGAUGUCCAAGCUUACUGUGGUAUAAUUUACAACAACAAUAACAAAAAAAAAUUAUCUGGGGUUGGGCUAAAUAUUCCCUCUAAGAAUACUGAUGGUCACAAGAUUGCCUUCUUAUGUAAAAUAAAAAAAGGAGAGUAGUUAAUUUGACAAUGGGUUUUAUUUAUUCCUAUGGUAUUAAGGGAUUAUAAUGCAGCUGUUGUCAAGGUACCAGUUUCAAUCAUUUUACUGAAAUGUAACAACUCGCUGUCGAUGGCGACAGAAAAAAAUAUUUCUCAUGUUUUGUAAUUUGUUGUCCAUGCAUUUUGAUGGUUUACUAAAUUAAGGUCUGUUGAUGAGCAAAAAUAUGUUUCUUUUUUUUCUGAAGUUUGGAGUUUAACUCAUUUGCAUACACUGCCACUAAUAUAAUAUUAAAAGACUGUUAAGGCUAGUAGACCUCUUCCAUUUCAAAACAAAAGAAAAAAAGAAAGAUUCUUUUGCUGGCGUUGUUUUUCUUUUUUUAGCCUUUCACAUUCAAAGUUAUGGCAGGUUGGAAUAUGCGACUAAACUCUCUCCUUCAUAAUUGCUGCUCCUCAACUUGCACCUGACUCUUAUGGGAUGUAGAUUGGAAAAAAGAAAAAGAUUUAUUACUUAAACUAGUGUUGUACUUGAGAAGCCUACAUGGUUUUAAUUUGAUAAUCGAAUUAUAAUCCUGGGGGUUAAGGCAAGUUGUUGAUUGGAACAGUGUUAAAGAGGGGGGAAUUUAAUUUGAGUCCCAUUUGAAUUGGAAAUAAAUGCCCUUGUGUACACUGCUCUUUACCAUUGCAAGGCUAUUUCAGCAGGUGGGAGCUAAAUGCAUUGUUCAUUAUGCGCCAGCUCUCCCUGGAGGCUCAAAUGGCAUGGCAAGGAAAUACAGUAUCAAAGCAAAACAAGCAGCUCCGUUGAUUGAUCUGACACCGUUGCAUGAUAUACUGCAAGUCGCAGGUGGAUUUUCUAGACAAUAGCAUACAUUCCUGAUUUUUCUAAAGCGUAGACACAACAUGUACAGAAGAGAUUCGGAGGUAGUGUGCACAAGUUUGUCACCCAUGCAUCACAUCACUGAAGGCUCAUUUCUGAUAUUUGAAUCGUUUUGUAUUGCUUUGUAUCCAAAUUAGGACACACACACACACACACACACACACACACACACACACACACACACAACUGCCUGCAACUGCAAUCUGAGGGAUUUCGUAGUUGCAUUGUUAAAAAGAAUAACUAACUGCAUACACUGGUCUUAAAAAGACCCGCUGUAGAUUCAAAACAAAAAAAACAACAAAGUGCUAGUUUGCACAUUUUCUUAAAAUGCCUGUGCUUAAUAUUUAAUCAUUUUCCUUAGAUGAACUUUUCUUUUUUUCAAUUUCAAAGGAAAAAACAAAACAACAUUUUUUAAAAAUCUUGAUAAGUGGACUGCAUUAUUUUCUUGCAUAUAUGUUGCACUGCUUAAACCAAUAAGUGCACUACUGUUAACAGAUAUAUUAUAGUUUUAGAAAAGAUUUUUUUAAAAUCUAACAUUUGGUUGUAGAGUUCACAUGUAGUAGAAUAGCUUUGUUUCAAUUUAUUCAUUAAGUAAUUCAGCGGUUCUUGGCUUUUGUUAUUCGCUUGCAGUUACCUACAGUUUCAAUAUACUCGUGCCGUGUUAAUGCAAGCAUUUGUUUUAAUUUAAAUCUGUACCAUAAUAUGUGCUCAUCUAUGUUUUAACCUUUGAACUCAUUCUUUUAUGGAGGCCGUUCCCUAUAACAGCUGAUUCAGUUGCAUUUCUUUAGACACACAACAGAAUUUUCCUGUGGGAACAUCCAAGCCAAACAACAUUGACAGGAAAACAACAGUAAUAAUAAACACAGCUCCCGUCCAACUCCGUUGGCGGAGGUAAUAAUAGCAACUAUUAUGAUAUUAUUGAUGAUAAUACAUUUAUAAUGUGUGUGUGUGUGUAACAUAAACGAUAUGUGUGUCCUAGAACAACUUUCUGUGGGUUUAAAGGUGCGCGGAGGUGAUGGAAUGCAGCUUCUUUGAUAUCUGUCUGUCACUUGUACACAGUCGUGUCCCUUACUUAGUGUCCGUAUGUCAGUGAGUGUCUGUGUGUGUGGUAUUUAGCCUAAUCAAACUGUUGAUAAGUGGAAUAUCUGAACUGUAGGGCUUCCUUUGCAAUAUGCAGCGCAGGUACUAUGAGACGCAGCUCUCCAAAACCUUUUUUGGGCUAAUACAGGCACCCGUAACAUUUGUCCUGAGAUUCUACUAAAGCUGAGGUCACGUAAUGUUGACCUCGUUGUUGGGAGAGGUUAUGUCAAGCGUUUAUGAUGCUAAAUCUCACACGAUUGCUACUAGAUUUCUGAUCCCUGUGUCGUACAGUUUGAAGUAAAGUCAAGUGAUGAACCAGGAGAGAAUCCCCUUGGCUCAAACCCCCCCCCCCCCCCCUCCCCCGAAAAAAAUUAAAAAUAAAUAAAUAAAUAAAUUAUUGACCGUGAAUGGGAAACACACUGAAAAAGCAUGAGCUUGGUCCUCAGUAAAAGUAGCACAUUAUGAAACGUUUGAUUGGGCCCGUCUCUUAUGGUGUGCAUAUAAGCCGAAACUGUAUGGUUCCUGUUUGUAGCUGUUGUUGCCAGGAUGGCAAUAUUGCUGCAUGCUAGUGCUAUAUUUGUCUCUACACAGCACGUGGAGGGUAAUCUCAUGCCUUAACAGACAAUGCACUAAAUAGAAUAUGUAAGCAACUGCCGACAUCUCUUUCCAACAGUAUUGCCACAUGUAUGGCACACAGCUCAUGAUGUUGGUGUUUGUCGUACCAAGUUUAAACACUGCCAAACUAACAUCAUCACUUCUUCGGACGCAGCGGCAGACACAUUAGUUGAAUUGUUUCCGUGUAAUGUAUGUAAUCUAGCAUUCCUUCAUGGCACCGGAAUUUUACAUAUUUUUGUGUAAACACAUAUAUCAAAUGCACUAUUGACUGUAGCUAGAUGAGUACAACCAGCUUUGUGGUAUCAUUGGUCUAAAUAGUAGGUUAAGUAGCUCGAUGUUGGUUUUUUGAAAAUAUUUGAUUUCAGAAUUACACUAUCAAUUGUUUCCCUAUCUUUUUUUUUUUUUCUCCUUCUCCCUUUUUGGAAUAACGAAAAGUAGCCAAUCUCAACGUUAUCUGGAUGAGGGCUAUUAACUUGUCCCGUCGUCAGUUGACUUCUUGUAUCAUAAGGUGUUUGAGAGCAGACAAGGCUCGGAAGGGGAAGUUCCUUCUCUCCAGUGUGUCAUAACGUGCUAUAGCAUACCCAGGCUUCCUUCCCUCCCCAUGUUGCAUUUACAUCACAUGCCCUUCACUGUCCAUAGUUAUAUAUUGCUUAUACUGCUUCAGCUACUUGUGGUGGUGCUUAAUUCUCUUUUCUCAGUGUUGCAGAAAGUCAGUUACGAAUUGUUAAAAAGUUGCAACAUUAUCCAGAAAAUAAGUCCUUAUCUCAAUCGUGCUUCUUCUAGUUGUUAGUUUAGAGGAAAAAAAACAAUAAGCCUAGACUUUAUGUUUGCAGAGUGUGCGCAUACUUUCCAGAACAAAACAUGUUGAAACGUAGAAAAUAGCCUUGAGCCUGCAGCUGUUUGUACUGUGUUUCAAAUAUAUUACUGUUCAUGUUUUGUUUAUCUUAGUGUAGAGACAUAGGGUCUACAGUACAUUGUUGUUCUUCUUGCAGUAUGUUUAAUUCAUCGUUAUACUCCUUUUUUAUUUCAGACUUCCUCUUGCUUUUUUCUGGUGAUCAUAGUGGUGUUUAUACAUGCAUAGCUUCACGAUGGAUAAAGGUUAGUCAGUUAUUGAGUCAUAUUUCACAGUGUACUAUAUAUAUAUAUAUAUAUAUAUAUACAUAUACAUACAUGCAUAUAUACUUUGCAUUGAGAUGAAAACAAGGAAAUGGAAGAUAGUAAUGGUGAGGGUCAUGUUGAGUAAGGAACAGGUUCAUUUUAUUCUGAUAAGCAUGUGUCUGUCUUCCUGUUUGUCUUUCAGUCUGUCUCCACACAUUUUAAGUCUGAUUUCUUUUUCUUUUUUGAAGCAUGAACUCAGUUAUACGUACAAUACAGAAAACACAUGAAACCAGUCAGAUAAUACUUUACUGCAUUUUUUUUGUCCUUCUACAGUACACAAAAGAGUGAAAUAGAUAACGUCUUACAAAUAUACAAUAUAUAUAUUUAAAUAUCACCAACUCCACACAGAUAAUAAAUGCAUUUUCAGAUAGUUUGAUAAAGACAUAAUUGCAGCGAGAGUAUACAGUACCUUGUGGGAUAUAGGGAAUAUGCCUAUCAAGUGCCUAUCAGUACAUACAGCAACUAUACAGAAUAUUCAUAGUUUUUCUCUCCUACAUUGCACAUAUACAGUAUAUACACAAUGGUCUAUGAAAAAUAUACUAUUUAUACUAUUACUGCUAAAACCUGGUGAUUGUGAGUGCAUCCUAAGAGAACCCUUUAAAAUACCAGAAAUGCUCUAUACAGUACAUAUACAGUAAAGGCUACAUCUGCAAGCUUUAUUUUUUAACCUUACAUUUAUACAGUUUGGAGGAUUCAAAGAUAUAAAAUGCAAUCACAUUUUAAUGUUUAAUUAAACCAAAAUAAAUGAAAUAUACAUUUAGUAGGAUUAUAUGGUGAUGUGCUAAUUAAACCUGAACUCUUGAAAUUGAAUGACCCUUUUUCUUUCUUUCACGUUGCUGUCGCUCUCAUUGAUAUUAAGCAUUUUUAAUUUCCAUUUUUUUGCCAUUUGCAAACAAGCCAUAUGCUGUACUGUACCUUAAUGUACUAUAUGUUUUUUGGGGGGAAUAGGCAGUGGCACUUUGUGAACAGCAGAGGGAGCCACUCGUGAACUGGAAGAGGUCACGUUCACACACCGCCUGUUACAACUAACAAAUAUCCACAUCGAAUCUUUGCAUGUUUUUGAAUCAUGUUGUGGUAAAACGCUGCCAUCCUUCGGAUUGUAAUUAAAUCCAUACACAUGGCAGCGGUUUGAUGGCUUGUUUCAAAGUACACCACGUGUCCUUUGACCUUGAUGACGUGCCCUUCCACAUGCGAGCCGCUGCCCGACUUCCCCUCAGCGAUCAUUAAAGAUUUAUCUUAUCUGACAGCCUUGUUGUUUACGUACAGCUUGGAAUUGUAAAGGACAAGCAACGGGGGUGAAAAAAAAAGAGACUGGUCAUUAAAACGUUAGACUAGAUUUUUUAUAACCACUACUUGGAGGCAAAAGGAGUUUACAAAUUAAAAGUUCUGGCUACAGAUGAACACACGCACGCCGAAAUUCAGAGGUAUUUCAAGUGGUCUGUUUAACAACAUGCAAACAAAACUGAAAGGAAAUGUGGUAGAAGAAAAAACCCAAACCAAGUUUCAGGGCUGAGUGGCUGCUAGAUAAAGGAUUUUGAGAUGGCUUAUUAUUCUGUCCCCUGUGGACUAAUUACCAGUUUUCUCUCUAACCUUCUCCAGCCUAGUUACCGUGCCAAAUUAAGGGAAAAAAAGACCACUUUUUUAAAUUAUAACACCAUUGUUCAAUUGGAUGUGAGAGCCAAGCAGGAAAAGGGGAAAAGGACAAAAAAAUAUAUCUGAAGAACUUUAAAUAAACAUAAUUUAUCAUAAUGAAAGAAAGUGAUUGCUUUUAUUUUUAAUCUUUAAAUCCUCCGUGAUAAAUAGCCUAGUGUUCAAGUAAAUAGGAGAAAAGAGCUAUGAUUAACAAAUACAUAUUUCAAUGGCUUAGUUUCAUAGACAUAUAAUGUUCAAAUGAAGCAUGGAUAAUGUAGGCAAUGUGAUAUAGCUAGUCCCUGUCAUCCAACUGUCACACACACGCAAACAAAACAAAAAAAAAAACAACUCUUCAUCUCUUCAGAUUUAACAGAUUCUCUUUUUCAUUUUUGAGCUUCACACACACACAUGCAGUGAAGCAGCUGUUCAGAUUUUAAAGUACGACACCACUAAACUAAGCUACAACAACAUGUAGAUUAUAUUCACUAUGAUGCUUUUCUCCGAACAUGCAGUUAUUACACUACCCUGAUGCAGUUUUCAAUAAAACAUCAUCAUCAUCAUCAUCAUCAUCAGGUAUCUAUCAGUCCAAAUGAAGCAUGCAGUCCUGUCUACACAGCUUUUUUCUGUAGGGGAGUACUUGGUUUUUGACGGAGCACAAUCUAUAUUUUGAGUGUUUCUCAAUUACAGUGGUCCGGUAUCUUUUUUCCAUUUUUUCUUUUUCUUAAGCCUCUAAAGACGAAACAUUGAUCCUCUUUUGUUCCCUCUUGCUGUAGUCGUUUUGGCUUGAUGAGGCGGUUAGCUUUUAAGUGUGCAGCAGCAGAACAACAAAAAAAACAUGCAUUCCUGUUGAAGUCCAGAGCAUUCCAACUCCCAGUCUGGCACUCAUUUUCCACAGUUAACUAGACGAAUAUUAAAAAUAAAUAAAGGAUUCCCAGCGCUUGGUCGUUUCACAGAUGUGUUGGAUAUUGGAUCAUCCAGUAGCAAACAUCGCGCAUCACAUUUAAUUUUAGGAAUAUUUAUAUUUCCCUCAAAUAGAUCUGUGUUUUUAAAAAAAAAAAAUUUUUUAAACCUCAUCUCUAGUUAAAUUUUGCCACAAGAUUACAAGCUUGGAGUCCAGUUUAUACUUGUGUGGACUGGUUUUAAAUACAACGUGCACUAUGCUAUUAUUGAUUUUCUGUGUAGGUCUCUCCCUUUUUUCAUGCAGAGACAGAAAACACAAAAACAGCAAAAAGAGAAGAGGCUCCUCUUCACCGCGGAGACACGGAGACUCAGACUAGAAAUCUUAGCACUGUUCCUGAAGGGGCCGGUGGUGUUAAUUGUAAAACGGGGGCCAUGCUUGUCAUUAGGAGUCAAAUGAGGAAAAAAAACAACUUUGCUAGACAGCGUUUGUUUUGAGGAAACCAAAGAAGGGUUAAUAUAAUUUAAUUUCUAUGGAGAAACUAACAUUUCUUUUCUAUGUUUGCGGGGGCUCCGAUGAUCGGGCUCGGUUGCCACAGUCGUUUUGUGUUCCUCUUUGUGUUUCUUCUCGUGGCAGGGUGCUGCUGAAAAUGCAUCUGUGUUUUGUCACUUGAUCGGUUGUUUAUAGUUUUGUGGUUGUGUUAAUUUGCCUAUUGUAGACCAAAAUAGUUUUUUUAUUAUAAGAAAUGCAACAAAACAUAAAAAUGAAUCUGACACAGUAGCCGUGAUGUAAACUCUCGCAUGUUGAAACAUGUACACGAUUGUAAAUGUUGCAUCGUUGCUGGGACGAAACAUAAUAACACUUCGUUAUCAUUGGUUAUGUCUUCUAUACACACACUUAGCAAAUGAGUGUAGAUCUGUUCACCUUCACAUUGGAUUAUAUCUAAAUAGUUUGUCUGACCCUUUUUUUGUUGUUGUUGUUGUUGUUUUCUUCGAAUAUUGGCACUGUCUAAUAUUUCAAGGCUGUCCCUAAAAUACUAAUCUGACCUUGUGACUUAGAGCAUAUUUAGCCAUUUAUACUUGAGAUGGACCAAGAUGUUAAGUUUGCACAUAUUUGUAGGUUGUUUGUUAAGCCAAAAACAAGGAAAGAGAAUAAUAAUAAUAAUAAUGCAAAACUUUCAGUCUCAACAAUUCAAGUCCAAUCCAGCUAAGGUGCUUACAAUCUCUGAGCAAAUAUUAGCCUUUCAUGUUCACAGAAAAAAAAAAAAGCAUCCCAGUCAGUCAUCACUACACAACAAAAAAAUUAAAUGAAACCAAACUGUAACACGGAUUCAAACAUCACAAUGUGGCCCAAAUACUUAUGGGAGUGAUGAUCUAUUUUUGUAAUAAUAACAACACAUCAUCUGUAAGCAGAACGUAAACCGUUUCGCAAAAUCUGACAACAUUGUAUUGCUGUAAGGUCUAAUUCGAGGUGAAUCUGCUGUAUAUUUUUCAUCCUGUGUUUAAAAUAGGAAAUACGAUUACUGUAAUUCCGGCGGUGUUUUUACACAAAGACAGAAUUGUUCCAAUAUAGACAUUUCAUAAUCCAGAAUUACACAUGCCCUUAUAUAAAGGAUUUUUAUUUCUCAUUAUGGCUUUCAGGCUUUUUGCUGCCAUAUCUUGUAUUUAGAUGCUUUUGUAAACAUGCACUUGAGUUGAACUAUGAGAUGUGCUUAUAAAUAUGUGUAUAUUUUGUUAGGCUCUUUUUUUUGGCCUACAUUAGCUUGAUAUUUUAUUAUUUCCCUACAAAUUCUUCUCCUAUAUAGUUAUGAACUUGGCAGAAGUGGAGCUGUUGUAGUAAAGGUAGUUAACAUCACAACUAAGCAACCCUGAAAUAUAUGCUGCAGUAAUGUGUUUUCAGUUUGUUUUUGAUAAUUUAUGCUCCAAGUGGGUUUAUAUUUUAUUAUUAUUAUUAUCAUUAUUAUUAUAAUUGUAAUGAAACAAGCUUGUUUGAAAUGUAUUGACUGCUGUUUUGAAAUAGGGGAUAGAGUUGUUGUUCUUUUUCUUAAUGUAUGUGCAAGAGCAUUUUUAUAAUAUGAUUUGUCAAACACUGGACUGGAGCAAGUUUUCCAACAUUUCCAAGUUGAGAGAUGUAUUUGACAGACAUAACUGCACAGACGACAGCGGUUAGCACAGAUGUGAGCUGACAGACACAGCACGUCCUCCCAGCUGUACAGGGGCGGUGACUAACAUGGCCGCCGCCAUCCUCCCAUUCAAAACAGGAGUCGUUUAGAUGUAAGAAGUUUAGACAUUUCCUUUGUGCUGGUUAAUUGCAUUCAUUGUGUGAUGGGUUACAUAUAAUAGAAAUGAUUUAUCAGGGUGCUCCUGCCAAAUUGUUGCACGUCAGUCGACAUUUGUUUUCAUUUUUUGGGGCGAAGAAUGCGUGCUCUCUGGCAUAUUCAGAAAGAAAGAAAAAAAUUGUAAAGGGACGCGGCAUGAGAACAAUCCAGUUCUCAAGUUCACCUGUAUGUUCUUCCUAUGGUAGAGCAGAUAUGACUCAUUACACCAACCACCACUUCUCAAACCAGAAAAGAGAUUUGCACUAGACUUAUUUUGGUCUUCUAUCAAAAGCAAUAUAAUUCACUCAACACAUUUUUGAACCAUAGUAUCUGACGUUUGUCUGCCCACAGUUGGAAUGCUGAGUAAAUGGUGAUAUUUGGCAAGUUGUGAUUUGUGUUUGUGUUCAAAGGUACAGAAUUGGUCACCUUUUUUUAAUUUUUUAUAUGCGCACGACAUCCACGUUGUUGUCCGUAGCAAGCUUUUCUUAUUUCACCCAGCAGUACCCUGAGUAUUAGUGUCCACAUUUGAGCGGCAUUAAAACUGUUGUUUCCUCCUGUGAUUGUUUUGGACAAAUCAAGCAGCACGUACAGAUCUGAAGUUAGGAACGGGAUUAUGAGGGAAGGAUUCAUUUCCCAUGAGUCAACUGUCGAUCGUCUCCAUCACACACAGCCGACCGCACAUUCAAAGAUUAACACAAAUACCAAAAGACAAACCCAGCUGUCCACGGUCGUGCAUGCCAUCCCAUUAAAAACAGUUAUGAGUGCUUUUUUCUCCGGGAUGUCACAAAUAACAAAAAUGCUUUAAAGUGAAACAAUGUCGAGAAAAAAAAAUCCAAAUGCACCUUUUUGUCAUUCAAUCAUAGCAUCAUUGGCAACGUAUGUCGAGAACCUGUGUCCACCAAAAUGUAUCAUACGUCAUCCUUUUUCACCGGGGUCGCGCGCAACAGCAUUGAUUACCGACUGCGACGUUGUUAUUCUGUUGAUGGGUAAAUGUAAAUUUUUCAAUAAUUCACAAACAGCAAAAUUUCACCAUUUUAUCUGGAUGUAGUGGCUUUCCUGUUUUUCACCGCUUUGUGGUGUUGUUGAAAGAUGUUGCGGUUUGUCUAAAUAUGUUGCGUGUUAGAGGAAGCAUAAGUAUGUGCCUUCUUGUAAUCUCCUUGGUGAGCUUGUUAUUAUUGAGAAGCUGAAGCCAGCCAAUUGUGUUUGCACUAAAACCAAAUUGCUUUUGUGAUGUAGACUAUUUAAGCAAGCUUGUUGCGUCACUUUAACCGUACAGUAUGCAUGAGGGUGAAAUUGGUAAGUCUAGGGCUAGAGCUCUCAUCUGUUGACCUGUAAACCAGUGCAGCUUAGAGGAUCUUGUGAAUAUAUCUUGGCUUAGUUUCGCAUUCAGUUUUCUAUUCCAUCUCCUUACUCAUCAAGUUUGUCACAAUUUCAACAGUUAAAAAAAGAAAAGAAAAAUAGAAAAAAAAAAUCAAAUAACACAUCCAUGAAUACAAUACAAUACAGCUUUUACUUUCACAUGCCACAGUUAGAGAGUUACACAACUGCAGUAGAGAUAUCCAUUUCUCUGAAUCCAUGGGAAUGCAUGAGUAUAAGAGGUCGCCUCAAGACUAUUGGUCAAAUUAAUUUAGGUUGUUUUUUUGAAAAUUUGUAUUAAUUACAUAUUUUGUUGACAUCUAAGAAAGGCCUACGUGCUUUGAGUCUUACAAUUGCACCUUAAUCAUGUCAGUCCAUGGGGGGAAAAAAAAGGCUGGCAACGUAAUAUCUCUGAUUUAGCACCUUACUACACAGCAUGUUUUCACUUUAUGCCAGUUUAACUAUUCUUCCAUAUGUAUGAUUUCAGAAAUAAAUCUCAUAUUUUGUGAAAUUGUUUCAUGGGAUGUGCCAAAGUUUGGAGGCGAUCUCCCACGUGUUUAUGCUUAUCAUUUUCUUUUCCUCCUUCAGUUAUAGCAAUGGUAUGUUUCCUAUAACAGUGUGUGGAAUCAAUUUAUCUCAGCAAACAGUAUCAUUACUUGCCAUUUUACAAUAAGCCCUGUAUUUCACAUAUAUUUACCAGUGAUGUGUAUUUGUUAUUAUAAAGAAAAUAGCCGUAAAAGCUUCAUUAUGUUACAUAAUAUUGUGACUUUUUUCGAAAAACUGUGAAGACUUAUCUUGCAUAUACUUUAUACAGAAGUAUUAAGCCUUAAUACAAAAGACUAAAAAAAGUGUGGAAGAAUAAACUGAUUGUUGCUAAGUAAGGAUGAUUUUUGUAAAUGUUACCAGCACUUUUUUUGUAAUUUUCACUCUCUGAGGUAUUGUACAAGUUCAAGCUGUUUGUGAAGUUUGAUUAUGAAGGAAUAAAAACUAGUACUUUCCUGUACUUCACAGAAA